AGGGAGCAGAAGCUGCAGACAACAGAUGUGAAGGGUUUCCCAUAACUGUCAAUUUUCAAAAUGUUUGCAUUGAAAAGAGAGGAGGUGCUAUUUUGAUUGAUAUUUCAGCUGCAGUAUAUAAAGCAGAGGAAUUCUUCUUACCCUCUGCUUGUCACACUGAUCUCACACACUCUCCGCUGGACUUGGGGCUACUACUUGCUGCAUCUGAAAGACUGAAACUCUCUGGGAAUAAAGAAUCCUUGUAACAAUGCCAGAACCCACCAAGAAAGAUGAAACUGAAAAUGAAAGUGCACCGCCACCUCCAGAACAAAAAACACCACAGGAGGGUGGAAAUGAAAAGGGCAAAGAUGAAGAUGACACCUCAGUUAGUACUCCACCAGCAGAUGGGAUGUCUAAACCAGCGGAAAGAAAAGAUUCAGUAUGGUCUCUUGGAGAAGGAGCUCCAGAAGAGUCAGAAAAACGUGAUGACUCCCAAAGAUCCACUUUAUUCGUCGAGAAACCUCAGAGCGGGACAGUGAGUGUUGGUGGGAAUAUUACAUUUAUAGCCAAAGUAGAAGCCAAAGAUCUCCUCCGAAAGCCAAAUGUUAAGUGGUUUAAAGGAAAAUGGAUGGAUCUGGCCAGUAAAGCGGGGAAGCACCUACAGCUGAAGGAGUCCUUCGAGCGUCACACUAAGAUUCAUACAUUUGAGAUGCAGAUCAUCAAAGCUAAGGAAAACUAUGCAGGGAACUAUCGCUGUGAAGUGUCUUACAAGGACAAAUUUGAUAGCUGCUCUUUUGACCUUGAAGUCACUGAAUCUUCCCAAGCUGCUCCAUCCAUUGACAUCAGAUCUGCUUUCAAAAGAAGUGGUGAAGGACAAGAGGAUGCAGGAGAACUUGACUUUAGUGGUCUCCUGAAACGUAGGGAGGUGAAGCAGCAAGAGGAAGAGCCCGAGGUGGACGUGUGGGAUCUCCUGAAGAACGCGAAUCCCAGCGAGUACGAGAAGAUUGCUUUCCAGUACGGCAUCACCGACCUGAGGGGGAUGCUGAAGCGGCUGAAGCGCAUGCGCAGGGAGCCGAAGAAGAGUGCAGCUUUUGCCAAAGGCCUCGAUCCUGCAUACCAGGUGGACAAAGGAGGCAAAGUAAGAUUCAUGGUGGAGCUAGCAGAUCCAACAGUGGAACUGAAGUGGUAUAAAAAUGGCCAAGAAAUACGACCAAGUGCAAAAUACAUUUUUGAGCACAAAGGUAACCAGCGAAUUUUAUUCAUCAAUAACUGCACGAUGACAGACGAUGCUCGCUAUUACGUAACAGCUGGUGAUGAGAAAUGCUCCACAGAACUGUUUGUGAGAGAUCCUCCGAUUUUGGUGACCAAAGGCCUGGAGGAUACCAGCACCUAUGUUGGUGAACGAGUAGAGCUGAGCUGUGAAGUGUCUGAGGAUGAUGCAAACGUGAAAUGGUUUAGAAAUGGUGUAGAACUCUCCAACGAUCCUAAAUCUCGGUAUCGAAUUAAGGUUGAGGGUAAGAAGCACACUUUGGUCAUAGAGGAGGCUGCCAAAAAUGACACUGCAACUUACUCAGUAAUGACAACUGGAGGGCAAUCAGAAGCCAAGCUUUCAGUUGACUUGAGACCUCUGAAGAUAUCACUUGCACUAGAUGACCAGACUGUGAGGCUGGGACAGGAAAUCCACUUGAAGUGUGAGAUAUCUGAGAAUGUGGAAGGGAAAUGGUACAAAAAUGGACAGCUGAUUGAAGCUAGUGACCGUGUAAAGCUUUAUCACAAAGGAAGAAUCCACAGAUUUGUUAUACCAGUUUCUGCUGUUGAUGAUGAGGGGGAAUACAUGUUUGUGCCAGAUGCCUACAACAUUAAUAUUCCAUGCAAAGUACAUAUUGUGGAUCCUCCUAAGCUUCACCUGGAUGGUCUUGGGGAAAAUAACACUGUGACGGUAGUGGCAGGAAACAAACUACGACUUGAGAUCCCCAUCACUGGUGAACCACCUCCUAAAGUCUUUUGGAGUAGAGGGGACAAGAUGGUCACAGACAGUGGAAGAAUACGGGCAGAAUCAUACCCAGACAGCAGCUGCCUGGUCAUUGAUGCAGCUGAGAGGGAGGACUCAGGUCCUUUUAGAAUCACUUUAAAGAAUGAGGCUGGAGAGGACACGGCUCUAAUCAACAUUAAAGUGGUUGAUGUUCCUGAUCCUCCUCAGGCACCAAAUGUGACUGAGGUGGGUGAAGACUGGUGUAUUAUGACCUGGGAACCUCCAGCAAAUGAUGGUGGAUCACCUAUUUUAGGAUAUUUCAUUGAGAGGAAAAAGAAACAAAGCUCCAGGUGGAUGAGGCUGAAUUUUGAACUGUGUAAGGAAACAACUUUUGAGCCAAAGAAAAUGAUUGAAGGUGUUGCUUAUGAGGUCCGUGUGUUUGCUGUCAAUGCCAUCGGCAUGUCCAAGCCAAGCAUGCCUUCCAAGUCCUUUGUUCCUUUAGCUGUUACCAGCCCCCCAACCAUGCUGGCAGUGGACAGUGUGACCGACACCUCGGUGACGAUGAAGUGGAGGCCACCAGACCAGAUUGGGGCGGCGGGGUUGGACGGCUACGUGGUGGAAUACUGCUUUGAAGGAACUGAUGAAUGGAUCGUGGCUAACCCAGAGCUGACAGACAAAACGAAGUUUACCAUCAACGGCCUUCCAACUGGCUCAAAGAUCCUUGUGAGAGUAAAAGCUGUGAAUGCUGCUGGUGAAAGUGAGCCCAAGUACCACCCACAGCCUAUUUUAGUCAAGGAAGUGAUAGAACCUCCAAAGAUUCGUCUACCAAGACACUUAAAACAAACCUAUACUCGAAGAGUUGGAGAAACUGUGAAUCUUGUUAUUCCUUUCCAGGGAAAACCAAGGGCAAAAGUAUCUUGGGAGAAAAACGGUUCUCCGAUAGACAAGAAUGAUAUCAACAUCCGCAACACGGAGCAGGACACCAUCAUCUUCAUCCGAAAGGCAGAGCGGGGCCACUCCGGGGAGUACGACAUGAAAGUGGAGGUGGAGAACUUGGUGGACAAAGCUACGAUAGAUAUUCAGAUCGUUGAUCGCCCAGGCCCACCAGAGGUUGUGACUAUUGAGGAUGUCUGGGGAGAGAAUGUGAAUUUAUCAUGGAAGCCACCAAAAGAUGAUGGCAAUGCUGCCAUUACUGGGUACACUAUUCAAAAGGCAGAUAAGAAGAGUAUGGAGUGGUUCACCGUGAUCGAGCACUACCACCGCACCAGUGCCACCAUCAACGAGCUGGUCAUAGGCAACGAGUACUACUUCAGGGUCUUUGCUGAGAACAUGUGCGGCCUCAGCGAGGAUGCAACCAUGACCAAAGAGAGUGCUCUGAUUGCAAAGGAUGGUAAAGUCUACAAAUACCCAGUUUACGACGACUUUGACUUCAGCGAGCGGCCGCUGUUCACUCAGCCCCUGGUGAACACAUUUGCUGUUGCUGGUUACAAUGCCACCCUGAACUGCAGCGUCCGGGGCAACCCCAAGCCCAAAAUAACGUGGAUGAAAAACAAAGUGCUCAUAAUGAAUGACCCAAGGUACCGGAUGUUCAGCAACCAAGGUGUCUGUACCUUGGAGAUCCGCAAACCCAGCCCCUACGAUGGAGGCACUUACACCUGCCGAGCAGUCAAUGAGCUGGGAGAGGCAGAAGUGGACUGCAAACUGGAAGUAAGAGUGAUCUAUCAUGGAGUAAUUAACCCAGGAGAACCACUCAGCUUGGCGGGGGAUAAUCAGUUACACAGUAAGGAAUUUUGAAUGUAUAUUGUCAUCUAAGGUGGGCUUUCAUUCUUCAAGCUAUUAAUGGAUGGAGUGCCUCCGCAUAUCAUUGACUCAUAUAUGCGUGAAGUGCAGGCAGACAAAACUGAAGGGAAGUGAGAGUCCGUCCACAGUGCUUCCUCCCACUGCACUGGAAGCUGGUAGCAGAAUAACUGCAUUUUAGUUUUUGCAACAACAGAAAAACAUGUGCGGUGGGGGAUUUUAUGACUUUUUUUUUUCCUUAAUUGUCCUUUUGUUUUCCCUACCUGCUCUUACUGAAAAGAAAGAAUACGCAUGGAUUGCUUUGAGAUUGAAAUGAAAUGAACUGAAGACAACACACGUUUUGUAAUGUUCAGCUUUAUUUUCUGUUUGAUAUCGUGUUCUGUUUUUUAAUGAGGAAAGAGGGGAAGCUGUGUAACAAACAUAAGGAGGCAGUCAGUCUGUACUCAAUGGUACAAAGCAGAUCUUUCUCAGACUGGAAGUACAUGGAUUAGCCAGUAGAUGUGCAAUAAGAUCCUUGGAAUACAUACCUCUAAUAAUGUAUCUUAUUCAGCUGAGAAUUCUUUAACAGAAUAUGGUUUUACUAUAAUGUAACUAAUGCAUAUGUAAUUAAUGAUCAUUUAAGCUGAACAUAUCUUCCUAUAGAAGUUUUGAUUUCCUAAAUCCAACCCAUCAGUCUCUCAACUUAAGUGAAAUUGUUUUAUUUAAUGUACAAUAAACAUGAAGUGUUUAAGAUCGA